CAUAUACAUUGCAACAGUGUGAGCACUAUUAUACGACGGGCGUCAAAACUCAACCAUCACUGACAUUCAUUGUUCAAAACAUCUGUUGUGUCCCAUUGUUAUUUUUAGUAUUAAUCUAUAUUAUUGUAAUUUAUUUAUUAAUUGUGCGUGUGUAAAUGGUUUAAAAAGUGUUAAAGUGUUUUGGAGUUGUUGUAGCUGUUUUUUGUUUUGUUGUGACGUCACUUUUAUUGACUGCCAGUUAAACGACGCAAUUACGCUUUAAACUUCGAAUAUGGAUUGAUAAAAUAAUAUUCUGAAAAAGGUAACCAUUAACCAUGUCGGCGGAGUCCCCGCGACAUGUCCGCUCGGGAGGGCCACUCACCGUGCCAUCACAGCCACCUAGUGACCGAAGCAUCAUUGAUGCAGUCUCUGGCUUUAUUAAUGAUGUAACAUUAUCAUCAUCUUCAGCUGUUGAUCCUAAGGAUGUGAUACAGUGGGCUAGGUUUGAAACAGCAGACAUCAACGAACCCACGCCAGAGGGAGAUAGCGACAAUGAUGUAUCUCCUCUCCUCUUAAUUCUGGGUUAUGGAGCUGGGGUUCAAGUGUGGCUGAUUUCACCAAAUGGUGAGGCCCAAGAGGUGCUAUCCUGGCGCCAAGGGACAGUGAGAGUGCUCCGUAUACUGCCUACUCCGCAGCACGGCGAUUGCUUUGCAUCGAAAAGGCCUCUCAUAGCAUUAUGCGAUUCUGCAAGCCCUGGACCAGCAUUUUGUUCUCUGAGCUUUAUAUCUAUCAGGGGUGGUGAACAGGUGAAAAGCAUAAAAUUCAAGAAUCCCAUUCUAGAUGUAUUGGCAAACAAGAGAUCUGUUGUUGUAUCGUUCUCCGAGCGUUUCGCGGUAUUCGAUGCGGCCACAUUGGAAGAUAGACUCGCUAUCACCACUUGCUAUCCCUGCCCUUGCCCUUUGGGUGGCUCUUCACCUAUAAACCCAUUGGCCCUUGGUGAUCGCUGGCUGGCUUAUGCUGAUAAGAAGUUAAAUCCAUCGAAACGCAGCAGCGGAGGUUGUGAGAGUGAAGGUGUGACCAGCUACACGGCGACAGUACUGCACGCUGCGAAGUCUCUCAGCAAGGGGCUGCGCGGGCUCGGCGAGAGCGUGGCUCACAGCCUCGCGGGGGGGCGGAGCACUUCGCAGUCACCCUCGCCACCGCACACUGAUAUUCAGCAGCCGGGGAUUGUCACUAUAUUGGAUAUUGAGGGUAAUGAGGACGAAGAUAGCCAAGAUUGCGAAGAGCCGUGCGACCCCAUUGUAGCUCACUUCAUAGCGCACUCAGAGGCAAUAAUAGCCCUUAAAUUCGAUCCAAGCGGAAUGUUGCUGAUAACAGCCGACCGGCGGGGACACGACUUCCACGUGUUUAGGAUUAACCCCCACCCCUGCGGACCUAGUCUUGCAUCUGUUCACCAUCUGUAUAUUUUACAUCGCGGUGACACCACGGCUAAAGUGCAAGACAUAGCGAUAUCGGGCGACAGCCGGUGGGCGGCGGUGUCGUCGCUGCGCGGCACGACGCACGUGUUCGCGCUGAGCCCGUACGGCGGCGCGUGCGGCGUGCGCACGCACACGCAGCCGCGCGUCGUCAACCGCCUGUCGCGCUUCCACCGCUCCGCCGGCCUGCCCAUACACGCGGCCGCUGCGCACGCGCACGCGCACACUCACACCCACACGCCGGGAUUGGAAGGCUCGGUAGCUGGCGCGUGGUACCCCAACCCGCGGUUGCCGCCCUACCCCCUGCCCAGUACCUCCACGCCCCUAGCACAAUUGCGACCAACACAUAAUCUUCCCACGCAUACUAUCACACGCACAAGUUCGGGUCGUCAGCGGCUGUCGUCGCUAUCGGAGGAGAGCGGCGCGGCGCCGCUGCUGGCGCGCUCGCGGUUCGGGUGCGCGCUGCCGUCGGCCAGCGGGCGCGGCUGCGCCGUGCCGCUCUACCUCAUGGCGGCCAACGGCUCGCUGCUGCAUCUGCUGCUGCACCCCAGGCCGGCUAGAUGUGUAGCAAAAGAGAAGAUUUGCGACGAGUCUCCAAUAGAAGUAGAAGUGGAGGCGGUUGCUCAGUGGAUGCUGCAACGUCCCGCGGCAGCCGCGGAUCUGCUGGCGCCCCUUCCGCCCUCCAACCCGUUGCUGCAACCAUUGAGCUGUCGGCGCUGCGCCGACAUGUGCGUGAGCGAGGAGGAGCGCUGGCUGUCGCAAGUGGAGAUCGUGACGCACGCGGGCCCGCACCGCCGCCUGUGGAUGGGGCCGCAGUUUGUGUUCAAGACCUACAACUGCGGGUCCAACUCGUCGCUGUCGGAGGCGGAGGCGGUGGAGGUGGACACGAGCGCGGGCGGCGGCGCGGCGCGCUCCAACCCCGUGAACAUGCCCGGCGUGCGCCCCGUCGUGCCCGUGCUCAUCUCCUCCGGCUCCGCCAGUUCCCUAGAACAUUCACCGUCGGACAGCUUCCGGCGCAAGUCGCUGCUGGCGGACGGCGGGCGCGCGGCCGUGUGCGACGUGCAGCUCAAGGAGGACCUCGCGGAGGCCAUGAAGGAGGACCACGGGCUCGCCGCGCCGCGCGGGGCCGCGCCCGCGCCGGGCGCCGCCGUCGUGCGCGCCGUCGACCCGCUGGGCUGCGUCGUGGCGCCGCCGCCCGCCGCGCCCGCGCCGCGCGCCGACGCCGACGCCGACGCCGACGCGCACACGCGCCCCAACGCCGACGAGGCCGCCUUCCGGCCCGUGCUGCGCGCGCCCGCCGCGCCGCCGCCCGACCUGCCGGCGCGCGCGCUGCCGCUCACCACCACCAUCCCGGCGCAGGCGCUGCCCGCGCCGCCCGCCGCGCCGCCCGUCACGCCGCCCGACGCCCCCGCCCCGCGCGCGCUGCCCACCGACGUCGUCAUCCCGGCGCAGCUAGUUAAGAGAUCUCCCCCCACCAAGUUAUCUAGUGAUAGAGUAGCCGCUAGUGCUAGUUUUAAGGAUAAACAAUUGUCGGACCCGAAGUCCGCCAAAGUGGACAAAACCGAUGUUUUCGGAUUGAAUAUCGAGAAAGCACCCAGAGAGGAUUUCGCGCGAAAAUCGUCAAAACCUAAAAACACUCAGAAAACUAUCGAAAAAGAUUCAAAAGAGGCGACUCCUCCGCCCUUUUUACCUAAAGAUAUUAAUGUUAGUGGUGAAAAGAAAUCCGCCGUCGACGCUCCUUCUAAAGAACCGGAACCAAAUUCAGCUAAAACUAAAGCGUUUGACAAUGAAAUAAAAACUGAGGAGCAAGCGUGGGAUUUACUUUUGAACGAGUCCAAUAAGCAAACUGUUGUAAACCCCGAUAUUCCCACUUAUCUUGUUGAAAAAGCUGAUGAAACAAAAUCUAAAACUAAGAAAGGGCGCAGGGCAAAAAAGUUGCCGGAAGACCAACAGUCGAAGGAGGAUGACGAUAACUUUGUCGAAAUACACGCCAUCGAAGAGAAACAACAGCCUUCUAGCGGUGAAUUGGUUUCGAUUUCGACAACUUUUGACGAUUUUGAAUCAUCAGUAUCGAGUUUAACAAAAUCUAGAAAGCAGCGUGCAUCAAAGAGUUUCACUCCAGAAAGAAAAAUUGAGGAAUCACCGAAAAACAUUGAAUCGAUUAAUAAUAUGGGGAAAACUAAGAAGUCGUUUAAAGACGACGGAACUGACACUUUGUUUGAUUUGGAACAGACAAAGCCAUCAUCAAAUGUCUUUAGUUCUACGAAACAAAAUAACAAAGAAGAUACAUUUUUCGAAACCUGUAAGGAAGUUACUAGUACGUCUCUAAAAGUAAAAGAAAAAUCUAAAUCCCCGAAAAGCAAAUCGCCAUCACCAAAUUUUGAAAGAAGGAAGUCAUCUAUUUCUGAAAAACACGAGGAUGGUGAAAAAGAAGUUUAUGUUAUCAAUACAGCUGAGGAGGAGUUCCCUGAGAUUCAAAUCACUACAGCGAAUAAAACUCGUAAAAAAUCCCCACAACCUGUUGAGAAAUGUGAAAAACCGAAAGAGUUGAUCAUGCCCAAUCGUUAUGAAGAAGCUAACGUGAGUGCGAAUAAAUCUUGGAGUUCAAUUGUUACUAAAAAAGCCAAACAAACUGAUGAGAAAGAAGAAAAAAUUGUUAAGACGGAGGUCGUAAAAGCACCUGAGCGCCAAGAGGUGGAUAACAAUUCACCAGGUGCUACAUUACAAGAAAAAUUGGCGGAACUUUGCAAAAGAACUGAUAUAAUGGUCGCAGAAUGUGACACACCUUCCGAGCUCAAUUUCGUCGAGGAGCAUCAUUCAGUCUCUCAUGAUUUCCCGCCAUUGGACGGAUUAGACUUCGCCUUGGAUGAUUUCAAACUCGAAGUAAUGAAAGAUAGCCUUCUUGAUGCUGGCGAUACUAAAAUAGCAAGUCCCAUAUGCAAAAUUAACAUAGACGAUAUACUGUCGUCUAUGAAAGAUAUUUCUAAGUCAGAUGAAUCGACAUCAUUUAACCUAAUUGAUGUACAACAAAUGCCAGCCAGGAAGGAAAAGGGCUUUAGCGUUCUGGAAACCGAUAAAAUAACUACGCAAGAGGUGCAAGCGGACGACGAAGUGAAAUCGGAGAAAUAUAACGAUAUGGAGAAGUCGUCUGAUGAGGACGGAACCUCGCCGGUUGUGUCGACUGAUAGCGAUAAAGAAGAUAAAAAAACAGGUGCUACUAAUGUUACGAUACCAUCUCCAAAACAAUCCAAGGCAAAGAAAUCGCGCAAGAAGAAAAAGUAACAUGAAGAUGUUCUUUCGAUAAAAUUUGAGCUUCUUUAAUUGCAAAUAAUAGUUGUUAGUGAAACAAAUUCGUUUUAUUGUAAGCAGAAGCGGAUUGCAGUGCUGCUACGUCAGUUUCUCGUUUUAAGUAGUUAAAUUUACUUCACUAUUGUAUAAAAUCUAGUAUUACUCAUAGAAUCAUAUCGUUUUAAAAAUAGAAUAAAAAUGUGAAAAAGUAGUAAAAAUUAAAAAAAAUAAAACAUUGAUUUCUGAUUAAAGAAAUAAUCAAAAUUUUAAACGUGCUUUGUUUUAUAAAUAUAUUAUUUCUUUUUUGACGAGAUCCUCUUCAAUUAUUUUUGUAUUUUUUUAUUAGAUAUUAUUUUAGGCGUAAUAUUUCUUUUUAUUAUGCAAAUAAUAGUUGCCGCCAGGGCCAGUAUGCGUAGCGGAUGCAAUGAUCCAAAAAAAUUUGUAAAUCAUAAAAAAAAUUCCAUAAUUAAUUCGUAACGACUUUAGUUGAUAAAUUGAUUCGAAUACAAUUGUGAUGAAAUUAUAUUUAGUUUUAAUCACGUGCUGUUUUAGUGCAUAAUAAUUAAUAUUAUUUUUUGUAUGUUUAUUUAUUUUUCUCAAUGUUAUUUUUUAUAAUGUUUACAAAAGUAUGUUAUUUAUUUAUUGCAUAAUAUAAUUAUUUGUGUAAUUACGCAAUAAUACCUCAGUAUUAGUGAAAAUUACUUGCAUUGCAUAAUAUGACAUAGUCGGGGGUAUCAAAUACCAUUGUGUGCACAUUGAUAUAUCUUCCUCAUACGAGACAACUUGAUGUUAUGGACAUACCUACGUACCUAUUACUAUACUUAUAUUUUGUAUAUACAGUAAUUUAUAGAAAGUUUUGUAUUGUACACGUAUUUGUUAAUGUUAUAAUGUAAAAUCUCAAAUCAAAUAUUCAUACACAAUAUGGUUAUUGAUAUAUUAUAAUUGUUAUCAUUAAAAAGCAGGAGUAUCCUUUUAAAAAUCUCUAGUCUUUUUUUUAUUAAAAAUCUGUAUAUGAUAAUUUCGUUUAUACAGUGGAAGCCUUUAGAAUUCGGUUAAGAAGUCCCUAACAUCACGUUGUCUCUCUCUAAUUAUUGUCUAUAGAACUCAUUGUAUGAUGGCCGCGGUAACGUUAUGUACCUUAAUGAUUUAUACUUAUAAGCGUUCUCUCAUGACAAGAUGUAGCACUAUUAAUAGCUAAAAUGAAUAAUAAUAAGAUAAUAAUGAUGUGAGAACUCAAUUAAUGGAAUGAAAAAGACCAAAAAAUAAUAUCGGAUAAUUUGGCUAAUUUUAAGUAGUACUCUUCUGCGUACCUGUAUUAGGUAUACUGUUUUAUAUUUAUUUUUAAAUUACAAUUUAUGAGAUUUUAUUCAGUCGGUUAGUUUAAUGAGAAAAUAUAUUGUCGCCUGAUUCUCAACUUACGAAUUAAAUUAAUUAAUGAAAUGUAUCCAUUUUACAUUUUAAAUAUUAGAACACUUAAGAAUCUUAGUGCCUGGUGAGUCAGCGCUGCUUGUGAAGUGCAAAUUUGGACUUGUUAAAUCGAAUAAUGUUCUGUUCGCCUUGUUUAAUUUUUCGGAAUAUCAAUAGAAUUAUACAGGUUUUUUGUUGGCAAGAAAAACAAUUUUAUGAUGUAUUUAACAAGAGAGUUAAUUAAAACAUGUUUUUGAGAUUUAAUAAUUUGUAAUCAUCUUUUGAACUCGGAAAUUCAAAAUGAACUCUAUGACAUGUAAAGUUUUUAAAGUUACAAUAACUCACGAAAUGUUGCUCGUACGAUUUGAUUAAAAUUAAUGAAAUUAGCUUAUUAGCUGCUUCACUGUUAUAUUUUUGAUCGAUUUGAUGCGUUUUUUUGAAUUUGGCAAAAUUUUAACCGUGUGACUUUGUUAUUGACGUGGAGUGUUAAAAUUAUUAGAAAUAAAAUGACAAUUCAAAAACC